AUGGCCUAUUCUCUCAACUGCAACGGUUAUCUUAUCUUCCAACAGAUCAACACUGGCGUCAGCACCAUCGUCUACAAGGCCACCUGCUUGAAUCUCAAAUCGGUGGUCGUGAUCAAGGCCUUCAAUGGAAAGAUCACAGACAAGAAGGAAGAUAUCGAUUUAUGUUCCUGGACGAUUGAUUACCUCUCUUAUACCAAUUUCUUAAAACCCAACUGCUUCUUUAGAGUCGAUAACAAAAUUUGGGUGGUUAUGCCAUUCAUGUCCUAUCACUCACUUCGCUCCAUCUCCUCUUCUUUUCCUAAGGGCAUUUCUGAGACAUACAUCUCUAUUAUCUUAAAAGAAACCCUACGUGCGCUUUCCUACCUCCAUAGCGAGGGCGUUGUCCACCGUGAUAUCAAGGCAGAUAAUAUCUUCUUUGAUUCCAAUGGCUCUGUCAAGCUUGCCUAUUUUGGCGAAUCUGCAGCCCAUUAUCAAGAGAUAUCAUCCUACUCCGUAUCGUUUCUCUCGUCAUUCAACGACCUCAAUGGGAUGCCGUACUGGAUGACACCAGAAGUUAUAUACUCAACGGUUGAAGACAGGUUCAUGUCUAACGACGUCAUGUCAGACAUAUGGAUUUUCAGCAUCACUGCAUUGGAGCUGGCACAUGGCUGCCCGCUGCUCUCCCAUCGCCCGUCCUCUUAA